CCAAGUAUGGAUGGAAUCUCCCCUUACUGACACCUUGAAGGCUGCAGGGUAUAAAGGAGAGCAAACACGCAUGAAAACAUCAGUAUCUUCAAGACAUCCUAGCAGCUCAUCUGUUGAUCAUGAAUGAACGAAGGAUUGACUCGUGAGAACAGGCAGGUCAUGUCAUCAUACAUCCCAUAAUGCUACGCUCUCUGCGCGCUCCAGCAGGGACAUGGCACGGAGGCGAGUAAACAAUCGCUUUUAUGCCGACAUAAGCUGGAAACCUCAAGAUGAAGUUAUUCCCAGACAGCUUUUAACUGAAGGAGAGAGCGGCGGCGGAAUUGUCAUUAAAUCAACUUCAACACCCUCCUGAAGAUGUUUGUCAAAUGGUGCAAUAGAAAUUCCUUAAAGGAGGACAGCUCGUUGAUUGACUGCUAGCUUAAUUGACUCAAUCGGAACUUCCACAGGUGUUUCGGUUCUCAACAUUAACAUUUAUUAGCAACAGCUUCAGGGCUUUUAACAAAAGAGUCACAAAAGGUUGAGUUAUGGGUCGCUACACAGGAAAGAGCUGUCGCUUUUUAGUGAUGAUGACACUGACAUCAACCUUCUUCGUAGUGGAGCUUGUUACUGGUUACACCACUAAGUCACUGGCCUUAGUAUCGGACUCCUUCCACAUGCUGUCUGACAUCAUUGCUUUGCUCAUCGGUUUCCUUGCCAUAAGAAUAUCCAAGAGUAAAACAACUGGAUGGCAACGAGCUGAAGUGUUGGGAGCUCUGGUUAACUCGGUCUUACUUAUGGCCCUUUGUUUUACCAUCUUUGUGGAUGCGAUCCAACGAUUGAUCUACUUGGAGACUAUUGAAAACCCUGUGCUGAUCUUGAUUGUUGGCAGUAUAGGUUUGGUCGUCAAUGGAAUUGGACUAUGCUUAUUUGGCGGUCAUGGAGGGGCACAUGGUCACACCCAUGGAAUUAGUGGGAACCACACCAACACCAACAAAUCAGAAUGGCAUAAGUUAGAGUCAACAGAAGCUGUAACCAAUGAAGACGUAGAAAAUGGUGUCAGUGUUCAACAGCCACUUCAGAAUGAAACAACUUCCCACUCACCAGAGGACAUCCUGGAAGUUAACAUCAACAGAAGAGAGGAACAAAUGAGAGAGAAAUGUGAAAAAGAAUCGUCAUCCAACGCUCAUCUGAACAUGAGGGGUGUAUUUCUGCAUGUUCUUGGUGAUGCACUAGGCUCGGUUGUUGUGAUAAUCAGUGCCCUCUUCAUCUGGUUGACUGACUUUGAAUGGAGACAUUAUGUAGAUCCAGCCAUGAGUCUCAUCAUUGUUGCUAUCAUAACUGUGACUACCAUACCUUUAUUUCGACAAUCCAGUAAGAUUCUUAUGCAGUCUUUACCACCAGAACUUAACAUGAAUGAAAUCAGAGAACAGUGUGAUGUAAAGGGUGUUGACAGGCAGACGUACGUAGCAACAGCUCACAUCUUGUUCCACAACAAGGAAGAUUAUACAAACAUGGCUGAAAAUGUUAAAAGUUACCUUGACAACCAGAGAAUUUAUGCAGCGACGGUGUUGCCAGAGUCCUUACAAGACCUGGAUAGCAAUACAUGAACACACAUCAUAGUGCAGCCCAGGAGAAUCAUCAUUACAGCUGACAAGGACUGUCUUUUAGGGCAGGUAGGAUCAAACCCUGCCAUUAUAUUGAUAACACAUUUCACCGCACAUCUAAAGGGGUGCUGUGACUGACAUUUUUUGAAAAAUGUGCUGUCAACUCAAAUCACUAACAUUAUGUUCACAUCAAUUGGGCUCUGCGUGAAAAGCUGCCACUUUGAUGUGUAAGGGAAGGUUGUUGGCAGGAAGGUAGCCUACCUUAAAGUUAGUUUGCAUUUCCAAAAUUAAAGCUGCACAUGAGUGUAAGAGUAAAAACAGUUUAUAUUUGUAUCCCCAAUGCAAAACUAACAUCUAACAUCUUUCACGUGUGCGCGGUACCUGACAACCAAGAUGGCGUGCAUCAGAGACCGUACUUUUGUCGAGCGGGGAACGGAGUUGGAUAAUAAAGCAAGGGUGGCAGAUCGGCUUGUGAAAAACAAGUUUAAAGGCAGUGGACACUAUUGGUAAUUACUCAAAAUAAUUAUUAGCAUAAAACUUUACUUGGUA